UGGUUAACCUUUUUUCCUCUCUGAACAGGAACGUGACCUGUUGAAGACAUUCAAAAUUCCGCCCAAAACAUUUGUAGCAUUUAUGAUGACACUGGAGGACCAUUAUUUGAAGGAUGUGCCCUAUCACAACUCUCUGCACGCUGCUGAUGUCACACAGUCCACACACGUCCUCCUUAACUCUCCAGCACUUGAGUCAGUGUUCACCAACCUGGAGAUCCUGGCUGCCAUCUUCGCUGCUGCUAUCCAUGACGUGGAUCACCCAGGUCUCACCAACCAGUACCUGAUCAACUCCUCCUCAGAGCUGGCUCUCAUGUAUAACGACGAGUCAGUGCUAGAGAACCACCACCUGGCUGUAGCCUUCAAGCUGCUGCAGAAUGAGGAUUGUGAUAUCUUCGCUAACCUGAGUAAAAAACAGAGACAGACACUACGCAAGAUGGUAAUUGACAUGGUGUUGGCUACUGACAUGAGCAAACACAUGAGCCUCCUUGCAGAUCUUAAGACUAUGGUGGAAACUAAGAAAGUGGCUGGCUCCGGUGUUCUUCUCCUCGAUAACUACACCGACAGAAUACAGGUGCUACAGAACAUGGUUCACUGUGCCGACCUCAGUAAUCCCACCAAACCUCUAGAACUGUACAAAAACUGGGUGUCAUCCAUCAUGGAGGAGUUCUUCCAGCAGGGUGACCGUGAGAGAGACCAAGGCAUGGAUAUCUCACCCAUGUGUGACAGACACUCUGCUACUAUAGAAAAGUCACAGGUUGGCUUCAUUGAUUAUAUUGUGCACCCAUUGUGGGAAACUUGGGCAGAUUUGGUUCAUCCAGAUGCUCAAGAUAUCCUGGACACCCUGGAAGAGAACCGGGAUUGGUAUCAGAGCAUGAUCCCCAUCUCUCCAUCGUCUUCAUCAAAUGACCUUAAGGAGGAAGAGUACCAGGGGGAUAACUCACAAGAUGUGCCUGAGGAAGAACUUUGUGCCGCCGCUGAUAGAAUCCAGAUUCAGUUUACGUUGGAUGAUGAGGAAAGUGGAAAACGAGCACCGCCAGAUGGUGUUCAGGGUGAGGACCCUACAAUGUGACCAUUGGUAGCCUCAUACUGCACCAAACUAAAGCGUAAAGUGAUGAGGUGGCUACACCUCAAGUGACCAACCAUAUGGGAGGUGGGAACAAUGUUCAUCAUAAUCCCCCUCCAUGCUAGUGGCCUCAUCUUCAACUUUUACCUUCGUACCUCAUGUUCUGAGAUUUCUUUAAUUGCCAGGUGGACACUGACCAUCUGGCAAGCACCAGAGCCAGAAUUGCAAUUUAGUGAAAAGUAUGUUGUGCAAACACUUGGGUGUGUUUGUUAGUGCAACUCCCUUGUGAGUCAAGUGUGUGUUUUGCCAAGUGUGCAGUGUGCGCCCUGCAGGUUCAGGGAUGCUCGCGUGGGUUUGUCUGAGCUCCCCAAGACUGUGCCGUUCGCCCAGCCUCAGCUGAACUCUCCUUGCCUAGUGUGAUCAAUAUUUUCUUUUAAUAGUGGUGGAGAUGUAGGUCACAACAGUGAACAGUGCCAAAUUGUUCCUUUUAAAUAUGGACCCUGAGAGAGAAUUAUGUUUAUCACAAAUGAGUAAGCACAAGUUCAGGCGACGGCUUUGUGAGGACUGAGGCUUGUGUGUGGUACAUAUCAGAUAGAGGCAUUGAUGGGCCCAUAACUGGUGCUCACAUAAUUUUGAGUGUAAGGCAUUACAAGCUCUUUCAUCAAAUAGGUACCUGACGGGGUUCCCUGCUCUUUAUUCCCAAAGCAGUUGAGCUAUCACAGAAGCCAAAGAUAAUUUAUUGCUUCAUGUUUGUGGUGGGGAUUUUAGUCACUAUUGUGACAUCUAAGCUACUGCAAGGUACAAAGACUGAGAGGUUGCACAGUAGCAAGAGGGGGCAGUGGAUCCUGUCAGGUAUAUGUCCAUUGCAAUUCGAUCGGUCGUAACAGAAAAAAAUGUACGAGAUUUUAGAACCUCCUUUAAUUUGCCGUUCAGUAGCUGAAAAUUAAUUAAUUACACAUUGGGUCUUUGUAAUUUCUAAUUCUGCCAUUUUCAUGCCGGGCUCAUGAGUAGUUUUAUUUUACAGUGUAACUUUUUCAGGUUUUAAUCUUUUUUAGAUGACUUAUUUUGACACUGUCAUAGAUGUGGACAAACUUUAUGUAUUGUUUUUAAUAACUUUUGAAAUAGGUAGACUUGUAGUAAUUUCCCCAUGUGAUAAGAGUAUUGAGAACAUAGUAUGCACCAUGUUGUACUCCAUCAGUUGCUUCAUGUCAGGUCCUCGGCCAAACUCUUGAAUCAGGGCUUGAGACUUGCAAACAACUAAAGGGCCAUCAUAUCCUCCCAAAAUUAGUCAUGUGUUAUUAAAAAUAAUAAUAAAAGGCUCUAACUUUCAAGCAUCAGCUGCUCAAGCCGUGGCUUCAGAAUUGUGCCCAUAGUGUAUGUGUUGCGUAGUUCUGGCUUUACCAAGUGGCCAUGUAUCGAGCCUCAUUAACCUGUAGAAGAAUGGGAUGAAAAUCCAUCUUAAGAUGGAGGGGAAGGGAAGGAGGAACAUUUAGUUUGGCAGAUGUUCCUCUUAACCAGACCUGAGGACUGGCUUCUACAACACCAUUCACAAGACUGGAAAUUACUGAAAUUAUUGAAAUAUUUUUACAAUAUAAAUUUUUUGUCAUUUACAACAUGACAGUAGCUGUUCCUGUGUAAUGGAGAUGCAAAUUUCUUCCACAAGUAUUAUUUGUGGUAUAGUACUGUCGUUGUAUAUGUGCAUGCAUACUUAUUUACAUGUAAAUGGACGAGCAAGUAAUUACCCUGUGUAUAAUAAGAAAAAGGAGUAUUUAAGCAGUACAGUAUACUGUAUCUUAUUAAUUAUAUAAUUAUUUUUAUAUAUACAUAUAUAUUUUGUGUUAGUAACAUUAGUUCAUGCCUCAGGUCUAGGUGUAAAGUUGUAACAAUCACAAAGGUGGAACAUCUGUACAGACUAGAUUGAAACUCUUUGUAAUGUACUUCCUUAUAUGUCAAUAAUCCUCAAAAAUAUGUAUUGAGAUUCCUUAUUUUAUCAUGAUUUUUUUUAAUUUUUUUUAGAUUUAUUCAUCUUUCUCUCGCUCAAACUAGAUUAAUCAUAUCUCCUAAGACCAAGCCCCUGUAAUUAAAAAUACAAAGCACAAUACAGUAUCAGUGAUGGAUUCAGGAUUGGCCAGUAGGAUUCCUGCGUGUUUUCUGCUACACUAUAACCUCAUUUAAAGUUCUUUAUUAUGUCUUCAACCUCCCUUAAAAUGACUGAUUUUGGAGAUUACAUUUCCAAGACAUGCUAGAACAUUUUUAGUGUUUCACACCUACCAUGCACAAAAAUGGCAUUUUAUUUAGUCCUGUUAUCCAACAUCGGUACAACAAGUGUGCACCUACUGGCUGAAGCUGAAUCUAGCAACUGCAGGAUUUCUGAAUUAUUCUCUGCAAGAGAUGAUAAUACAGCACAGUACUCGUAGUUCUGUCAAAUAUUUUUCUAUUUAAAAACAUUUCUCUGCAUUUUUUGCUAUUUUAAAAAAAGUGAAGUGCCACAAUUUCUCAGCUCCUCAUAAACCUAGCUAAAAUACCUGAGUAACUUUAAACAAGUCAUUAAUGUAUGGCUAAGUAAUGGCAAAGUGCUUGUGCUAAUGGAAGAUGUGCAGUCAUGGCAUAUAUUAGAUAGUGCAAUUAAUUCACUUGCAAUGGUGAAUAUAUUUGUCAGUGUGUAUUUAGAUACCUGAGUUACUUGAAUUCUCCUUGAUGUGAAGACUUGUAUAUUUUUUUCAGUGUCAUCAAGUAAGUACUGAACGUUUCUCAGUGUCAGGUGAAAUUAAGCAAGCAAGACUGUAGUAUUCCACUGUGUACACUACAUGUGAUCUAAUGAAGCAUUUUGACUUAGUCAAGUGCACCAUUAAGUUUUAUUUUUACAUAUAUGGGAAGCAAACUUUACUGAGGUAUUCUUCUAUCAAUCCAACCAAUAUUCAAUUUCAUUGAGACUGCAACUUUGUGUUUACAGUACUGUAUCUUUUAUUGAGACUUUUGUUUACCUCACAAACCAGCGUAUAAUACAGUAAACUCUGGAUAUAGUGGACCAUAUAUAACAGAUUUCUGAAAUACUAGACAGAAUCCACUGAGUAAAUUGUACUUUUAGUUCCUUUAUUUUCAGUGUUCCUCAGAGUAUUUGUAAAUUGUCUACAUUAGUUUUAUUUAUAGAUUAUUGCUUUUUUUUUUUUUUUGUUAUUCUGAUUUAACGAACACUCGGACAGUCCCCAACUAGUGUAUUAUAUUGAGAAUUUACUGUAUUUGAAUAUAAUUUUGACCGCCCUGUUUACUUUAUAUAUUUUUUUUUUAUAUUGCCAUUUAUGAACGAAGUGGUUGGAUUUGUAGCAAGACACGAGACCUCAGCUGAGAAGCGACACAGAAAAAGCCAUGGUCCUACUGACACUCUGUGAAUAAUAUAUUGAUUACAAACUAAAGCCUUCUGUGUGUUUUAUGUAUGUCAUCAUUUGGCACUUGAAUUUCUUAAAUCAUAGAAAAUGUAAUUACUGUUCUAUGUAUUUAUUACCUUCAUGGCACAGUGAGAGGUUUCCUACUAAGUGAAACCUCAUCAUUCUUUGGUGAUGAACAUGUACACGAAGCAAAGAAAAAUGCAGCAAAAAAGAUUUGUAGGUUUAUAUUUGUAUAAGACUUUGAGGUUGUGUUGAUUAUUACUUCAGACUGUCUUCAUUUUGUAAUACUACAUUUUUUAUAAGUGCUUGGUAAGAACAUCUUACAAGGUGAAAAAUGAAAUCUUGUCAUUUAAUUUACGAUUGUAUUGCCGUUGAUUUUUAUCUAUUGGGUUUAAAAUGAUAAACAUCAAAUGUUAGACUACAUACAUUUAAAUGUUAAUGAUUUGUGAAGAAUUUGUUAAUGUAAAUUUUUUAUCUAUGACAGUUUUUACAUUGAAAGUCUUUUUAAUGACCAUCUUGGGCAGACUGGGACUGGUUUAUUAUUUGUGACUGGUAUUCUCUGUGGGGCAAGAAAACCACAGUUGUUUGUGGGAUGAGGAAGAUUUAGCACCAUGUACUCCUACAAUAUUGCUCUGGACGGCUAUGUCAGGGAUACAGCACACCCCUUGUGUGCCAGUGGAACAUUUGGAGUCUAGCAGCAUCUGUAGGAUUUUCAUCAAAGUAUUUAAUGCCACGUUUUAUGUUAGUGAGGUGGGUGCCUUGAUGCUGGUGAAGGGCUCUUUAUCCAAGGAAUUAGAGCUACCCUUCACUUCCUUGUAGAUAAAUGGUAUAAAAUACCAACAUGAUGGAAAAAAAGAAACAAAUGCAGUAUGAUGCAAUUUUUUAUUGACAAUGUUUCACCCAUGAUUGCGACUUGAUCAAGUCCAUUGUUCGGGUGAACCGUUGUCAAUAAAGUAUUGCAUUAUACAUCUGUGCUUCAUCAUCUUUCACUUCCUCGGAUCUAACUUGAUUACCUAUCAUUCCCCAGGCGCUGUAUGACCCCUAUGGGUUUAGCGCUUCCUCUGAAUAUAAUAAUGUUAGCCCCCACUGCAGUGCCCAUGGCCCCAUGGGUGGUAGUGCCCCUGCCCCACCCCUGACAGUGGAUGGCCGCCUGCUGUUAUGACUCCAUCACAUUUUCGAACCUUUCAACCUGGUAUGCUUAGUCAAAUGUACAGUCUGUUGUGCCUAUGUAUAUAUGGGUAAUAUGAAAUCCGUAUAAAUUAUAUAAUUUUAUGUAUAAUAGCUAGAAUUAUUUAAUAAAAUAAACUUUUUGAAUAAA